GCUACCUGCUAUCCAGAGGAGAAAAAAAAAACAUAGAGCAUUUGGUCCAGAAUUUCUCCUCCAAAAGCUCCUCUAAUUCUGAAUAUAAAUUCAGAUUAUUCUCAAAACAAUCAUCAGUUUCUCAUCUUCAGUCACUUGGAUUCAAUCCCAGGGAUGUUGUCGAAAUCACUGGCAUCUCCUCUACUAACCCUUGAAUCUGCUCCAUCCUGCUCCUUCCUUUUUUCUGAUUUUUCAAGUUCAACGCCAAAGCUUCCACUUGUUAAGAAGAAUUCAGCAUUAUGCACAGUUGAAUCCAGUUGGGCGAAUUGUAGAAAACAAAGACCUCUCAAUUCAUUUCAAGCAUCAAAAAAGUGGAAGUUACUCGCGAUUGAUCAAGCACAGCUUGUUGUUUUGGAAGAUGAAGAGAAGAAAACAUGGGAAGAUUGCAUUGAGAUAAUCUCCACAUUCAGUUUUACAACGGAGGAAGCCGACCGGAUUCUAAAGAAAGCAUUCGGCUUUGUCCAUUCACCCUACUGGGGUGAAGAAAGAAGCCAAGAACUUCCCAAAGUCCAAUCACUAAAUGCUGUAUUGGACUACCUGAAAACUUUGGGCCUUUCUGAUGAUGAUCUCCACAAAAUAAUUAAGAAAUUUCCUGAGGUUCUUGGAUGUGAUUUUGACAAAGAAGUGAAGAACAAUGUUAGCAUGCUCGAGAGUGAGUGGGGAAUUAAAGGAAAACCACUUCGGAAUCUUCUUCUUCGCAAUCCUAAAGUUUUGGGUUAUAAUGUGGACUGCAAAGGAGAUUGCAUGGCGAAAUGCACCCGAUGUUGGGUUCGGUUUUAGUAUCUCAGUCCAAGCACAAAAUCAUCCUCAUUUAAUUUUAUACAAGAUUUCAAGAAAAAAAAAAACACAGAGGUCUGAAUUUUCCAAAUCUGUGCGAGUUCAUUGCAAGUUAUGACAGAAUUAUUUAGAAUUGCAUGCUUUUACCUUCAAAUUCACUGUAUCUAAUGCAUUGUUUAUUACCAACAGUUUGUCUUGUUCCAAUUCUUGGUUCUUUUCUGAAACAAUGGCACUGAAAACAUCAGCAUACGACUUGUUAAAUUCAUAGGUUAAUAUGAAUACCAUGUUCUUGA